AUGGCGCACUCCUCUGGCCCCUCCCCUUCUAAAGGUUCUCACGCAGCCCCGCCCACUGUGGUGCGUAAGCAGCAGCAGCAGCUACGCAGUCGUCGUGUCGACCGCUCCGCCUCACCUAUGGGCCGCGUCAUCGUCAUCAACGCACCAGAGGAAGGUGGAGAGGAGAGUGAGGACAUCCACACUAUAACGGUAGACAAGAGUGCUGAUGGCCGGCUGGGCUUCAGUGUGAGAGGCGGCUCAGAGCAUGGUCUCAGCAUCUUCGUCAGCAAGGUGGAGGAGGGCAGCAGUGCAGCUCUGGCUGGUCUGCGUGUAGGUGAUAAGCUGGUGGAGGUGAAUGGUGUGAGUCUUGAGAACAUCAGUAUGGGCAGUGCUGUGAAGGUCCUAACUGGGAACCAGAGGCUGCGUAUGGUGGUGCGGAGGGUUGGCAAGGUGCCUGGAAUACGCUACUCCAGAGAGAAGACAACAUGGGUGGACCUGAUCCAUAGGCGAAUGGUGGUGGAGGAGGUGGGCACAUCUGCGUCAGAGUCCAGUGGUGACAGCGGCGCCCUCCGCAGGAUAGUCCACCUCUACACCACCUCAGACGACAGCUGCCUCGGGUUCAACAUACGCGGAGGAAACGAGUUCGGACUGGGAAUAUACAUCUCUAAGCUGGACCCUGGCGGCCUUGCGGAGCAGAAUGGCAUCAAGAUGGGGGAUCAGAUUCUGGCGGCGAACGGGUUCAGCUUUGAGGACAUCAGCCACAGCCAAGCGGUUGAGGUGCUCAAAAGCCACACACACAUCAUGCUCACCAUCAAGGAAGCGGGGAGAUAUCCGGCCUACAAGGAGAUGGUGGCGGAGUACAGUUGGCUCAAUCAAUCCCGCAACUCCUCAUCACAGGGUUCGGACUCGGCCUCCACGGGCUCCUCCAUGUCGUCCGGAACCCCCCUCAGCUCUGUCAGUGGUCUCUCCCAGAUGCUGCUCACUCCUGCAGGGGAGCGCGUGGAAGCAUCCAUGCAGACCGAGGGCACGGGGGGAACCACCAGCCGCAGCAGAGUGGAACUGCUGCAGGAUACGCUGAUAGGGGGCGAGUCGCGCAAGACCUCCCUACUCAUGGCCCUCAGUCGACCCAGCCAGCCAAUCAGGCGCACGCAGAGUCACAUGACCGUGCGUGAGAAGGAGAAGGAGAAGGAGGAGAAGGGAGGGGAGGAAAAGCAGAAGAGCAGCACCUUACAGCGCUCCAAGACCUUCGUCAACCUGCUGUUGCGCAGACACACCACCAGGGGCAGAUCCAAGUCGCCCACAGGUAAGGGCAAAGGAGCGCAGCGUGUCCCCGAUGCUCAGGCGCUAGCUGCGUUAGCGUCGGUAGAGGACAUGGCCUGGAGACUGCUAGGAGAGGAGGAGGUCACCACCGUCAUCACACUCUGCGGCAGGUAUUUGACUGAUGGAAUCGUGGAGGAUCUAGUUCGCCAUCUUCUGGCCAUUCUGGACCGACCCGAGAAACUGCUCUUACUGCGGGAGGUCAGGCUACUGGUGCCGGUGGGAGAGCUGGAGCUUUUCAACAGCCUGGUGGCGCCGUUUGAACAGGAGGCCUACGACAUACUCAAGUGCCGCACACUGCGUUCUCCUCCUCUGCGGUCUCCUCAGUGUGGUCGGACACCACGUCGCCAACUCAUCACCCCUGUGCCAGAUUUCCAAGGAGGGUUUGAGCUGCAGCGUGCAGAGGAGCUGGAGAGGGAGAAACAGCUUCUGGAGGAACUGGACAAACUGAGGCUGUCCAAGGCCACCAAACUCCCCUACACCCCCUCCUCCUCCUCCUCUUAUGACCCCCCUCGCAGACCCCCCUCCUCCAGCCGACACCCCCGGUCAGACCCCCCCAUCACCACCAAGGCCUUCACCCCCCUCCUGGACAUCCCUGUGGACACCCCCAGGUCCAUGGAGCGCCCCACCACCAUGGGCCAAGACACGGUUACCGCCCCCCGCACCACGCCCACCCCACCGCUCCCCAACUGGCUGCUGGCAGAGAACACCACCCCCCGGCACAUGGAGAAUGGUUCGGACCAGCCCAGCAAGAAGGACCGCACCACAGGCACACAGAGGGGGAGGCGGCCGCCGCUCUCGCAGGUGUUCAGGGGUGCUGCGGGCUCUGACUCGAUGUCGCAAUCUGGUGGACUGGUGGUGGAAAAGCAGCUAAAUGGACAGUGGCAACAGCAGCAGAGGAGGCAGAGUGGGGCAGGGAGUGAAGAGGAGUACGAGCUCACAUCAGUCUGUGUGUCCAAGACCAAACAGUCUUUAGGCAUCAGUAUAUCGGGAGGUGUUGAGUCGCGGGUGCAGCCGGUGGUGAAGAUCGAGAAGAUAUUCCCUGGAGGAGCCGCCUCCACCAGCGAGGUGCUCAGGGCGGGCUAUGAGCUGGUGUCGGUGGAUGGUGUGUCACUGGAGGGAGUGACGCAUCUGCAGGCCGUGGACAUCAUCCGCCAGGCCUUCAGCAACAAGGCCAAAGACCCCAUGGAAUUCGUCGUUAAAGUCCCCAAAGACAGAUGAUACAAUCCACACACACACACACAUACCCAAAUGUCCCAUGGAACUCGAGGUUAAUGUGCCCAAGGGCCGAUGAUACAAUACACAAACACACACACACACACACACACACACACACACACACACACAGGCCCAAUGGAACUCAUAGUUAAAGUCCCCGGGGACUGAUAACACACUAUUUAAACACACAUCUAUACCCUCGGGGAGAUAAGUGAGACACAGACUGUGACUCUGUGGGGUUUAGCGCCCUCGCGCGACCGCUCUUGAAGCCUUUUUAAACACACAUCUAAUACAGACAGAACACACACACACAAAGAGCCAAAGACCCCAUGGAACUCAUGUUUAAAGUCCACAAGGACCGAUAUUAGAUCAUUAGAUCAUUAAAAACACGUACAUACACAGAUACUGUACAGCCACAUGUGCCUACCAGAACAAGGACCAUCAAGGGACACAAGUGUGGAACUAUUGUGAUUGGAGCAAGAGGGACCAGAAAGUCUCUGAGAACUUUGGCCCAGAGAGACCACUAAA